AUGUCUAGAGAAUCAUCUAAUAUUAAUUCAAAUGAAGUUAACGAAAACAAUGAAAAUAUAAAAUUAAUUUGGCUUGAUACUUCGCAUUGUUCUCCUCAUAUUCAAUCACAAUUAAAUGAAUUAAAUUCAACUACUCAGUUUCAUACGGAUCUUAAUCGAUGUAUAACAUUAAUAAAAUCAAUUACAGAUAAACAAAUAAUUCUCAUAGUUUCAACAACUUUAGCUCAAACGAUUCUUUCUCAAAUUCAUUCACAUCCUUUAUUAAUUUCUGUAUUUAUUUUCUGUUCAAAUAUAAAUGAAGAAAACCAAAUGGAAUUAAUGAAUGAAUAUAAAAAAGUUAUUCAAAUAUAUUCUGAUUAUGAUUUAUUAAUUAAAUCAAUUCAACAAAUAAUAGAUAUUAUUGAAAAACGCGUUUUAUCUUUUUAUCUAUUCAAUCAAAAUAAAUAUUAUACAAAUGAUUUAUCAAAAACUUCAGCAUCAUUUCUUUGGUAUCAAUUUCUUAUUGAUAUACUUAAGCAAAUACCUGCUAAUGAACAAAUCAUUAAUAAAAUAUAUGAGAUACAUAAGUUUUAUAAAAAUGAAAUAAAUCAAUUUAAAAACGAUUACACAAAAGAAAAAUCUAUUAAAUUAUUUAAUGAAAAAUAUUUUAUUCGUAAACUAUUAAAUCAAGCUUUACGAACAAAAAAUAUUCAAUUGAUUUAUUUAUUUCAAUAUUUUAUUAUUGAUCUUUAUCAUCAAAUUCAAUUAAACAAAAAAAAAUAUCAAAAUAAAAAAAUUUUAAAACUAUAUUAUGGACAAAAAAUAUUAAAAAUUCAAUUAGAUGAAUUAAACAAACAUAUUGGUUAUUAUAUUUCACCGAAUGGUUUUCUUUCGACAUCGUUUAAUAAAAAUAAUUCCAUUGCAUUAGCAAAAAGUAAAAUAUUAUCUGACGAAUAUCAAUCGAUUCUUUUUCAAUUUGAAAUAAAUCCAACAUUUCAAGAAAUAACAUUUGUAGAAAUUUCUGAAACACAAGAAUUAAUAUUUAAUAUUGAUACGAUUUUCAAAAUAAAUUCAAUUGAAUUUGAUAUUUCUCUAGAAUUAUGGAAAAUAGAUCUCAUCUAUAAUAAUCCAAUUCGAAACAAACUUCAAACAUAUUUUCAAUCAAUAAAAAAAUUUAGAAAUGAAAAUUCUUUUUUAAUAUUCUUUGGUCAUCUUUUUACUGAACUUAAUCAAUCAAAACAAUCAGAAAUAUAUUUUGAUAUUUUACUUGAUUGUUUAUCAUCUGAUCAUGAAGAUAUCGCUUCGAUUCACAAUCAAAUUGGUAAUUUCAUGGCAGAUAAAGGUCAAUUAAAAUUAGCAUUAGAAAAGUAUCAACAUGCUUAUGAAAUUCGUCGAAAAAAAUUACCAAAUAAUCAUCCACAUAUAGCUAUAUCAUUAAAUAAUAUUGGUUUAAUCUAUAAAGAUGAAGGUAAUUUUGACAAAGCACUUGAUUAUUGUCAAAAAGCUUUAAUUAUUGACGAAAUAAAUUAUCCAAAAGAUCAUGUAUUGAAAGCAAUGACGAUCGAAAAUAUAGGUGGAAUUUACAAAGAAAAAUAUUUAUUUUAA